AUGGCGGCAAGUGGUGAAGAAAUAGAUGUAUGGCAUCAACCAUGGAUUCCAUGGCUUGAUUUUAAUUGCUUCAACAGUCUAAUGGAAUCUAUUAAACCGAAGGGAUACACUGUUAGAACCUUAGCAGAUCUAUCGAUAGGGAAUGAAUGGAACAAGGAGGUGGUGCAACAAAUCUUUGGUGAUUUGGGUAAUAGGAUAACGGAAAUUCCUAGACUUCCUUUAAAUCACAAGGAUAAGAUAAUUUGGACAGGAAAACAAAAUGGCAUUUUUUCUAUCAAAAGUGCCUACGGGACUGAUCAAGAAGCUCAUUUUGAUAAAAAAAAAAAAGGAAUCUGGACUUGGAUUGGGCAUUCAGAUCUUCACCCAAGGUUAUCGACUUUUCUUUGGCGUGUACUGAAUGAGGCUCUUCCAGUCAGGGAAAAGUUGAGGUUUCUCCUUGAUAAGGAUUGUCCCCUUUGUAACUCUGCAGAGGAAAAUUGUCUACACCUGUUCAAGAACUGUGGGUUUGCAAAAAUGUUAUGGUUCUCAGGGAAGAUUCCUUUGUUAGUGGAUAAGAUUCCUGGCGAAAAUGUGAUUCAGUUCACAGAAAACAUGGUGACAUCUCUUGAAAACUCAAAUUAUGACAGGAAAGAGAUCCUAACCUACAUGGGUUGUGUUUGGGAGCAGAUAUGGAGAUCUAGAAAUGACUUAUGUAGGAGAGGGAUAAGAGCUAAUCUAGAUAUGAUGAAAAGGAAUAUUGAGAUGGCUUUCCAAUCCUAUUCUACUUAUUCGGGUAAAGAUGCCCUUGUGGACAUCUUCUCUGAUCCUCCAAAGAACAGACUGGAGGAGGCAUAUUGGCAGAGAAUUUUGGAUGGAAAGAGAGUCAUCUGCACAGAUGCAUCAUGGUUGAGAGGAGAAGCACGACUGGCAGCUGUAAUGAGAAUGAAGAAUUUAGAGAGUUGGGCGCACAAGACCUCAAGAACCAAAGCAGAGUCAGCCCUCAUUGCAGAAUUAAAAGCAAUUCUUUUAGCUCUUCAGUGGGCGUGGGAGAAAAAGUGGGAUAGGAUUUGUGUCCUGUCGGAUUGUGCUCAAACCAUUCAGGCUUUAAGAGCAAAGCAAUGCCCUCCAUUUUGGAAGACCUUUAAUGUUGCCUUAGAGAUUUUAGAUUGUAGUAAAUAG